AAUACAUAGCACUUCUCCGUUAAUAAAUCUGUACUUUCCGUGGCGGGGUGGCGCUGCUGCGCCCGCCGCGAGUACCCCCCGCCCCGCUCUGCCGGCCUCUGCGCGCCUGAGCGCUUUUCCUUCCGCCGGGGCCGCUUUUCCUUCCGCCGGGGCCGCAGGGCCUCAUGGAACGCUCGGAGGGCGGCGGACGGGGACCCGUAGCGAGGGGCCCCGAGGAACGGCCGGCGCCCGAAGCUAGGGUGCACUUCCGAGUGGCGAGGUUCAUCAUGGAGGCAGGUGUCAAGCUGGGGAUGCGGUCCAUUCCCAUUGCCACUGCUUGCACCAUUUACCAUAAGUUCUUCUGCGAGACCAACCUGGACGCCUAUGACCCUUACUUGAUCGCCAUGUCUUCCAUUUACUUGGCUGGCAAAGUGGAAGAGCAGCAUCUGAGGAUUCGUUAUAUCAUCAACGUGUCCAACAGGUACUUUAAUCCAAGCGGUGAGCCCCCGGAGUUGGACUCCCGCUUCUGGGAGCUCCGAGACAGCAUUGUGCAGUGCGAGCUUCUCAUGCUGAGAGUUCUGCGCUUCCAGGUCUCCUUCCAGCACCCACACAAGUACCUGCUCCACUACCUGGUUUCCCUCAAGAACUGGCUGAACCGCCACAGCUGGCAGCGGACUCCUGUCGCCGUCACUGCCUGGGCCCUGCUACGGGACAGCUACCACGGGGGGCUGUGCCUCCGCUUCCAGGCCCAGCAUAUAGCCGUGGCAGUGCUCUACCUGACCCUGCAGGUCUAUGGAGUCAAGGUACCUGCUGAGGUCGAGACUGAGAAGCCAUGGUGGCAGAUUUAUACCAUGGACACAGAGAUACCCUAAGGCCCUGGCCCAGGUCUGCCCAAAGAGAAGCCCAGGAUGGUCAGCUGCCUGGGGACACUACCACCACGUCGCAUCAUGGCUGGUCCCCAGAGGGCCAGCUGGGAGGACUGGUUGUGCUGCUGGAGAAGGGCUGGUGAAGGCGAUGACAUGCUGCCACUUUGACAGUACCUAGCAGUCGCGGUCCAGAAGAUGAUGGGAGCCGCGCCUCCAGCGGGCAGGCUGGGAGCGCACUAUGUGCAGGUGACCCAAGGCAGCCACAUCUGCUUUUGUCCUUUGAGAGGACUCUGACUACAAUAGAGACAUGACGUCAAUGAAAGGAAAAUCAUGAAAUAGAUGAGACUGAAUCCCUAGGGAUUUUUUUUAAAACCAGAUUUAUAGCGAGAAUGAAUGUGCAACAUGGAUGAAAUUUAUUUUGUGUAAUAAAAUGUGAUACUAAU